AUGCGCACCACAAUUCGUGACAUAGGGUUGAUGAAGCGCCGCGCCAAGCCAAUCGCCAUGAUUACCGCCUAUGAUUACACCUCCGCCCGCAUCGUUGAGAACGCAGGCGUUGACAUCAUUCUGGUGGGCGACAGCCUCGGCCAGGUUGUACUCGGCUACGACUCCACCGUUCCCGUCACGAUGGAAGACAUGCUCCACCACAUCAAGGCGGUCGUCCGCGGCACCAAUAAAGUCCACAUCGUCGGCGACCUACCAUUCAUGAGCUAUCAGGCAAACAGGUCAGACGCGAUACGCAACGCAGGUCGCCUGCUCAAGGAAGGCGGCGCGCAGUCCGUGAAGCUUGAAGGUGGCAGGCACGUCGCCAAAACCGUGCAGCGCAUCGUGCAGGCAGGCAUUCCGGUUAUGGCGCACAUCGGCCUUACGCCGCAGGCGGUCAACCAACUCGGCGGCUAUCGCAUACAGGGCAGAACCACGAAGGCAGCGGUCGAGCUUAUAGAGGACGCUAAGGCGGUCGAAGAGGCGGGCGCUUACUCCAUUGUGCUCGAAGGCGUCCCAUCUCAGCUUGCCCAGAUUGUCACCGAGCGUCUCUCGAUCCCCACAAUCGGCAUCGGAGCGGGCGUCCACUGCGACGGGCAGGUGCAGGUCUUUCACGACAUGAUGGGACUGUACACCGAUUUCACACCCAAGCAUGCCCGGAAGUACGCCAACCUCGCCGCCGAUAUGAGUGGCGCGGUCGCCGACUAUAUCCACGAUGUGCGCGCCCAGACAUUCCCAUCUGAGGACGAGAGCUUCACAUUAUCUGCCGAAGUGCUCGCGGAACUUACAGGCGAGGCGAGCAUCGCAGCGAAAAGCGAACUCUAA